CUCUCGCAUCAUCCUGUAAGAAAUUGUUUACACUAGCGGAAAAUGCCUGCCUCUUGUUAGUCAACUGAUAGGAGUAGACCCUCUAUACAAAGGGUAUAAAGGGGCCGCCCAGGUGCGCUUUUGUAGAUGAAAAUGUUGCUUUUUAGUAUUGGGCUCGUUGGAAACCAUUGACGUGGUUGUAACCCAGAAACGACAGAGACCGUUUCUUUGUCGACUGUCCAGGGCUUAGAAAUCGGUGGAGGGGGCGGCUUUCUUUAGCUUUUUUCCACCCAAUUGAAGUAAGCCGUGGGUUUACAGAGCACGAAUUCAUGAGAGGUGGCGCGUGGUGCGAUGUAUAUCUCUGUCUGCUACAAGAAAACAUGGUGAUUGUGUUUGAAGAAUGACUCUUUAUACUCGUGUAAAAAUAGCUCAUUUACAAAGCACGUCAAUAAUGCAAGGAGAGCAGCUGUUUGGGGACAAUUCUCACCUGAAAGACCCGACAAAUGGACAAUGAGGAAAAUGCCAUUAAGUUCCGUCAUGACUGUUGGGUCUCUACUGCGAGCCGUGUGGAUCGUCCAAAAACGGUGACGUCGGCGUAUUGUACAAAUUGAUACCCAAGAACCACUUAAAAGUUUCUGACCACGGCGGUCGCAACAAAGUGGGCAUAGCAUAUCACCUGCCUCCUAUAGCGCGGUCCUGGUUACGUAGAGCGCUUGUACCCAAACACGGGAACAACAAACAAGCGCGCAGGCGGGGAAAGGCCCAGCAAGUGGGUGACUUAAUCAUGUGUUGAUCCGGGAUCGGGCGGGCAAGUUGAACCGACCUACCCUGCAGUUGAGAGGCGAGCAAGCAUGCCGACGGCUACAUCGCCGCCAGCGCGACUUCCGAAAGCUAAUGCCGACGGACAGGGAAUGUGGUAAGUGAGUCGUCUCACCCCCUUGCGUUUCCCACGUGAAUACCUGACAUUCUUCUGUGCGAAACCAAGGCAAUGUCGCAGGUACGGCUUCACCUGAGGAAUUCGCCGCCAGACUUGGCUCAGGCCGAACGGCCACACUUUACUUCACACCCCAUGAACAGGGCAGACCUCGGCCCGCGGCACAACACGGUCUAGACCGACGCAGACUGACGACACGCCGGACCGCCUGGUACCGAAUGGGGGCAGAAGUGAGACUAUUGGCAUUACUAUUAACUGUUCUCGGAGGAUAUUUGGACCUGAUUGUGAGCACAACAACCGCGAGCACCCGCGUGGAGAGAUCAGUACCGCAUGGGACGUGGAACGAGAACCCGAACCCUGACUUGACUCGCAUCCAGGGUGUUGUGCGGUUGCAGCGCCUGUACUGCCGCACGCGCUUUCACCUGCAGAUCAACGCCGACGGGAAGGUGAACGGCACCCGGGAUCACACCUCGCCGUACGCUUUGUUGCAAGUCCGCGCCGUGGAUGUGGGGAUCCUGGCCAUCAAAGGUGUGAAGAGCGGCCUGUACCUGGCGAUGAACAAACGGGGCAAGGUGUACGGCUCGCAGCGUUGUCUGACUUCGCAGAAGAAGCUCCGAGACAACUGCAAAUGGCACGAGACCAUCGAGGCCAACAACUUCAACACGUACUCGUCGGCGCUGCACCCGAAGAAAAGACAUCGCAAGGGCGUCAGGUGGUAUCUGAGUAUUGCUAAAAACGGGAGGCCAAGAAGAGGAAGGAAGACGAAAAAAACACAACGGUCGGCUCAUUUUUUACCCAGGCACAAAAGCGGCCGGUCCAGACGACGAAGAGAUAGAAUGUCACGAGCUCAAAAAAGAGGAAAGAAGCAGAAGAACUGAGACUCGACGUUCUGUGAACAUCCUAAAAGUUCAGACGUCCCGCCCAAAUGUGUGGCGGGGAACCUAGUAAGGAUGCGCUUCGCGUCUGGAUCGCUACAUGCCGCUGCUGAGUGGAAGACAGUUAUAUCUUCCAGGUGGAGGAUUGGUGGAGGACUGGGAAAAUUCUGACAACGUUUGUCGGGAGACGGAGUCUCGACCCCCGAGAAAUGACGAGGUAGGACUUGGUGACUUGAAUCUGACCCCGACAAUCUCAAUUUUUAGGAGCAGUUGUUAUGUCUUAAUGAGACAGGUAGUCAGAACUGAUGUAAAGAUUUCAUGACUUCAUUUUGACUUGGGCAACUUUAAGAAUUUCCAGUGAUGCCAUGAACAUAGAUAUAUAUAUCUAUAACAGUGUUCUAUGUCAGAAAAAGAGAAUUUAUGUGUCAUUUUAAGAGUGGACUUGAUUCCCCUCUGAAAUCCAAU